AUGGCUACUGCAACUGUAUCAACCCCCAUCAAAUCCCACAAGGGACUGUUCUCGACCCGUACCGCUGGCGGACGGAUUCCUCUUACCCCGUCCCCUCGUCAGUCCGGAAAUGGUGUUAACUCGUCGCCUUUCACCCCCGACAAGCAGACCAAGUCGACUUACAGUGGGAAUCUGAUGACACACUUAACUCGAUCUUCCUCUAAGAACCCCCAUCGCGAGUCUCCCAAAUCCAAUAUCGCUCGUACUGUUUCUACACCUCGCAGGGCUCUUGAGCUUGGCGUAUCCGAUUUCACUCUCACUGGCACUGGUGUCAGGACACCUGGCUCCGCCAAGUCAAGAAAGGCGCCUCUGAGGCAAAAGUCCACCAAAACCACUCUCAACUAUGCUGGCGACCGCUUUAUUCCUAAUCGAGGAGCCAGCUCGGCCAUUGCUAAUGCAGGUUCCAGCAAGCUGCCACGAAGUGACCGCCAGCGACCAAAGAGCAGCCAAGUUGACAGCUCAUCUGUCUUGUCUUCUGCCGCCGAUGAUGCUGCAGCUGCAUUGGAGGGUCUAAGCAUCAACGACGAUGAGGUAGAUGCCUACUCCCGACCCUCACCUAACACUGUUGCCUACCAAGAUUCGUUGGCCAAUGCUUGUGGGGUCAAGCUAAACACUAGAAUCUUGGAGUUCAAGCCUGCGCCUCCAGAGUCCUCCAAGCCUAUAGACCUUCGCCAGCAGUAUAACCGGCCCCUCAAGCCAAACAGUGCCAGCUCUGCUCAGCUCCGCCGGCGUAUAGCUACUGCUCCUGAACGUGUGCUUGACGCCCCAGGUCUGAUUGAUGAUUACUAUCUCAACCUGCUCGACUGGAGCUCCGGCAACCAAGUUGCCAUCGGCCUGGAACGCAGUGUCUACGUCUGGUCUGCCGAUGAAGGCAGUGUGAGCUGCCUCUUGGAGAGUCCUGCAGACACCUAUGUGAGCAGUGUCAAGUGGUCGGACGACGGCGCUUAUGUAGGUGUUGGCAUGGGAAGCGGCGAGGUUCAAAUCUGGGACGUUUCUGAAGGCCAAAAGAUUCGCAGCAUGUUUGGUCACGACACCCGUGUUGGUGUAAUGGGAUGGAGCAAGCAUCUUCUCUCGAGCGGCGCACGUAGUGGUUUGGUUUUCAAUCACGACGUUCGUAUCGCUGAACACAAGGUUGCCGAGCUUGUCUCUCACACGUCCGAAGUGUGUGGCCUGGAGUGGCGAUCAGAUGGUGCUCAGCUUGCUACUGGCGGCAACGACAAUCUCGUCUCCAUUUGGGACGCUCGCUCUCUUUCUGUUCCCAAGUUCACCAAGACUAACCACAAGGCUGCCGUCAAGGCCCUCGCUUGGUGCCCGUGGAAUAUGAACUUGCUGGCUACAGGCGGUGGCUCUUAUGACCGUCACAUCCACUUCUGGAACUCUACGUCUGGUGCUCGAGUCAACAGCAUCGAUACCGGCUCUCAGGUUACAUCCCUUAGAUGGAGCCCUCACUACCGGGAAAUCGUCAGCUCUAGCGGAUUCCCUGACAACUCUCUCAGCAUUUGGAGCUAUCCUACGCUGGUUCGCAAUGUCGAGAUCCCGGCUCACGAGAGCCGUGUCCUGCACAGCUGCCUUAGCCCAGAUGGCCAGAUGCUUGCAACUGCUGCCGCCGAUGAGAGCUUGAAGUUCUGGAAGGUGUUUGAGAAGAAGGCUGGCACGGCCACUGGCAUUGGUGGUUCCGGAGCUUCUGGCAAGGCAGACAUGGUCAAGCAUAUGACCAUCCGGUAA